AUGAAAAGCGGAGAAUAUGGAAACUGGGCGGAGCUUCCGCCGGAGCUAACGUCGUCGAUCCUGGUCCGGCUUGGCGCGAUUGAGAUACUGCAAAACGCUCAGAGAGUGUGUACGUCGUGGUAUCGCGCCUGUAAAGAUCCUUCCAUGUGGCGUAAGAUUCAUAUGCACAAGCACAACGACUAUCCAAGCAUUUCGCCCGACGACUACGACUACAACGCCUAUAUGAUCAAGAUGAAGUCUCGUCACGAGGCCAUGGCUCGUCACGCCGUCGAUCGUAGCCAGGGCGGUUUGGUUGAGAUCGACAUUUGGCUCUUCGGUACCGGUCCUCUCCUCAGUCACAUCGUCGACAGUUCAAGGGAUCUGAGAGUGCUUAGGAUUCCAAGGUGCCAUGAAAUACCAAACGAGGGACCAGGGGGAUUGAUCGAAGCAGUUGGGAAGCUUCCAUUGUUCGAAGAACUCGAUAUCUCAUACGGCUAUUUUCUCGAAGAGACUCUGAAAAUUGUAGGCAAGUCUUGUCCAAAUCUGAAGAUGUUGAGGCUAAGAACUCCUGAGGUACAAUAUGACGAUGCUGAAUUUGCAGUAGCGAUUGCUGAAACCAUGCCCCAACUACGCCACCUCCAGCUUCUUGGGAAUGAGGCAUUUCCCGACGAGGGCUUGGAGGCCAUUCUUGACGGCUGUCGUCUCCUGGAACACCUAGAUUUACGUGGGUGUCGCUUCCUCUUCCGUCAUUCCCGGGACCUCGAGAAGCGGUGUUCAGAGAGGAUAAGAGUUUUGAGACGCCCCGAUGAGUCAACCGCUGAUGCUCAAGAGUCUUGGAACUUAGCAACACCGUUGGAUGACUGGAUGUGA